ACAUGGCGAACAGUGUCAACUCGGGGACCGUCGUGAACAUAACGUGAAAUAAUGAAUUUUGUUGUUCUAGAAUAUGGGUGAAUAUGUGCAAUAAUUUAUUUAACGCUGAUGUGUAAAGUGCUGUGUAUUGAAUAUAUCUGUGUAUUUUAAGUGUAAAAAUGGCAUCGGAUAAGAUUAAAGUUGCUGUUCGGGUUCGACCCUUUAAUAGGCGAGAAUUGGAGUUGGGGACACAAUGCGUCGUGGAAAUGGAAGGACAGCAGACUGUUCUGCAGUAUCCUCAGUCACACGACAAAGAAAGGAAACAACCAAAGACGUUCGCGUUCGACCACUGUUUCUACUCUCUCGACUCAGCGCUGCCCAACUUCGCGUCACAAAAGACGGUGUUCGAAUGUCUCGGCCGGGACAUCCUCGACAAUGCAUUCGAUGGCUACAAUGCCUGCAUAUUUGCAUACGGACAGACAGGCUCCGGCAAAUCGUAUACAAUGAUGGGAGCACCGGGCGCGGACGAAGGGGGCAUCAUACCGCGCCUCUGCGACGCGCUCUUCGAGAGGAUUGCCAGGCAGCAGUCACCGCCCGCACUCACAUAUAAGGUGGAGGUGUCGUACAUGGAGAUCUACAACGAGCGCGUGCAUGACCUGUUGGACCCGGAGACGACGCGACGCUCGCUGCGCGUUCGCGAACAUGCAGUGCUCGGACCCUAUGUUGAUGGUCUCUCGCAGCUAGCAGUCACAUCUUUUCAGGACAUCGACAACUUGAUGACGGAGGGCAACAAGUCACGUACCGUAGCAGCUACCAAUAUGAAUAGCGAGUCAUCGCGGUCUCACGCCGUGUUCAGUGUGGUUCUAACGCAAACACUGACGGACGCAGCGACCGGAGUAUCGGGAGAGAAAGUGGCUCGUCUCUCUCUUGUGGACCUGGCAGGUUCAGAGCGUGCGGUCAAGACCGGCGCGGUCGGCGACAGACUUAAAGAAGGAUCUAAUAUAAAUAAAUCACUAACAACUCUCGGCCUGGUGAUAUCAAAGCUGGCGGACCAGUCCUCGGGCAAGACCAACCGCGAUAAGUUCGUGCCCUACAGGGACUCCGUGCUCACAUGGCUGUUGAAGGACAACCUGGGUGGCAACAGCAAGACUGUCAUGGUGGCGACGGUGUCCCCCGCGGCGGACAACUACGAGGAGACGCUGUCGACGCUGCGGUACGCGGACCGCGCCAAGCGCAUCGUUAACCACGCCGUGGUCAACGAGGACCCCAACGCACGCAUCAUCCGCGAACUGCGACAGGAGGUCGAGGCGCUCAAGGAGAUGCUCAAGCACGCCACGGGUUCACCCGUGGGCGAGGAUGUGCAUGAGCAGUUGGCUCAAAGCGAGCACCUGAUGAAGGAAAUGUCGCGCACGUGGGAGGAGAAACUUGUAGAAACAGGUCGGAUCCAAAGCGAGCGGCAGCAUGCGCUGGAGAAGAUGGGCAUCAGCGUGCAGGCGAGCGGAAUCAAGGUGGAGAAGAACAAGUACUACCUCGUCAACCUAAACGCGGAUCCCUCGCUCAACGAACUACUCGUAUAUUACUUAAAAGAUCGUACGCUUGUGGGUGCGGACAGGUCGGCAGACAUCCAGCUGUCGGGUCUGGGCAUCCAGCCGCAGCACUGCGAGCUGGUGCUGGAGGGCGGCGCGCUGCUGGUGGUGCCGCGGGCCGGCGCGCGCUGCUUCCUCAACGGAGCACCAGUCAGCGCGCCCGCCCGCCUCGGACACGGGGACCGCAUACUGUGGGGCAACCAUCACUUCUUCAGAGUCAACUGUCCCAAAGACACAACGGCGGCAGCAUCGGAGCCGCAGACUCCCGCGCAGCCGAUUGACUACAACUUUGCGCGCGACGAGAUCAUGUUGAACGAGCUCAGCAACGACCCCAUACAGACAGCCAUCUCGCGCCUCGAGCGACAGCACGAGGAGGACAAACAAGUGGCACUGGAGAAACAGAGACAGGAAUACGAGCGUCAGUUCCAACAGCUGAGAAACAUCUUAUCGCCCACUACGCCCUACCCGCCCUACUCAUACGACCCAUUGAAACUUGGUAAGAUGAGCGCGUGCACGCCGACGACGGCGGCGCGCGUGGAGCGGUGGGCGGCGGAGCGCGACGACACCUUCCGGCGCUCGCUGGGCCGCCUGAAGGCGGACAUCCUGCGCGCCAACGCGCUCGUGCAGGAGGCCAACUUCCUCGCUGAGGAGAUGCGACGCAACACGCGCUUCGGCGUCACGCUGCAGAUACCGCCCCAGAACCUCUCGCCCAACCGCAAGCGAGGUGCAUUCGUAUCGGAGCCGGCGAUAAUGGUGCGUCGCGGCACGCGCGGCGGUCAGGUGUGGUCCAUGGAGAAGCUCGACAACAAGCUCGUGGACAUGCGCGACAUGUACGACGACUGGCGCAGGCGACAGCAGCGAGGCGAGCAGCAACCCGAAGAGGAAGCAGUACAAUUAGAUGCAGAAUCGCCAACGGAAUCAUGUGACAAAGCUCUGGAUCCAUUCUACGAGUCGCAAGAGAACCACAACCUGAUCGGUGUGGCGAACGUGUUCCUGGAGGCGCUGUUCCACGACGUGACCCUCGACUACCACACGCCCAUUAUCAGCCAGCAGGGCGAGGUGGCGGGCAGGCUGCAGGUGGAAAUAAGCAGAGUGGCGGGUCAGUUCCCUCAAGACAGGAUCUGCGAGGCGGCGUCCGAUAGCUCCGGCGACAUGCGAGACGACGAAGAACUUGUCGACCAGGCAUCACAGCAGGUGACGAUCCGUGUGAGCGUAAAGCAAGCGACAGGACUACCGCCGUCGCUGUCGCACUUCGUGUUCUGCCAGUACUCGCUGUGGGGAGGGGGCGACCCCGUCGUGGUGCCACCCCUCGUGCCUGACGCCCCGCCCCCUUCGCCGCGCACUGGCCCCGCCCCACGCACCGGCCCCGCCCACGCCAGCCAUCUCACUGUCCGCUUCGACCACAAGCGAGACUUUAAGCUGCCUCUCACUGAAGAGUUUGUGGAACAUUGCGCCGAGGGCGCCCUAUCAAUCGAGGUGUGGGGCCACCGGUCGGCAGGGUUCAGCCGCGCGCGUGGCAGCUGGGAGGUAGAGCAGCGGCAGCUGGCCAAGGCGCGCUCCCUGGCCGACCGCUGGGCGGAGCUCACGCGUAAAAUACAGCUCUGGGUCGAGAUACACGAGCUCAACGACAACGGAGAGUACGCGCCUGUCGAGGUGACGCAGCGCAGCGAUAUGGUGACUGGGGGCGUGUACCAGCUGCGGCAGGGCCAGCAGCGUCGCGUGGCGGUACGCGUGCGUCCCGCCCAAAACUCGGGCACGCUGCCUAUCAUCUGCCAGCACAUUGUCAGCGUCGAGCUCGGCUCUGUCACUGUCAGAUCUCGUCUACAAAAGCCACUAGACUCGUACCAGGAGGAGGACUUGGCGGUGUUGCGGGAGCGGUGGAGCGAGGCGCUAGCGCGGCGCCGGCAACACUUGCACGCACAGCUACAGAAAUUGGUGAACAUGUCUCCGUCGAUGAAGAGCGAACGUGAUAUGGAGAGGGAACAGUCCCUCGUGGAGCAAUGGGUUUCGCUCACGGAAGAAAGGAACGCAGUGUUGGUGCCUAGUCCCGGCAGCCCGAUACCGGGCGCGCCAGCCGCGUGGAACCCACCGCCUGGCAUGGAGCAACACAUACCUGUCCUGUUCUUAGACUUGAACGCGGACGAUCUAAGCACGCACCCGUCGGGCGAGGAGGUGACGGUGGCGGGACUGAACUCUAUCCUGCCGAAGGAACACGGCCACCGCUUCUACGAGCUGCAUUUGCUGCACCAUCAUGACAAGGACGUUGCUGCAGUCGCCUCAUGGGACUCCUCUAUACACGACUCGCAGUAUCUCAACAGGAUAACUGAACCCAACGAACGUGUGUACCUGAUUCUAAAGACGACAGUGCGUCUGUCGCACCCCGCGCCCAUGGACCUGGUGCUGCGCAAGCGGCUCGCGCUCAACAUAUACAAGCGGCAAAGCCUCACUGACAGGAUACGGAAGAAAAUUGUCAGGACGGACCAGCUGACGCAGACGGGUGUGACAUACGAGGUGGUGUCCAACAUCCCGAAGGCGUCGGAGGAGCUGGAGGAGCGCGAGAGCCUCGCGCAGAUCGCAGCCACAGGCGAGGAGGCCAGCGCCGCCGACGGCGAGACCUACAUAGAGAAGUACACUCGCGGCGUGAGCGCGGUGGAGAGCAUCCUGACGCUGGACCGACUGCGGCAGAGCGUGGCGGUGCGCGAGCUGGAGCAGGCUCGCGGUCACAGCCUCACCAUGCGCAAGACAGCAUCCGUGCCCAACUUCUCACAGUUAGUUCGCCGUACGUUCCCUUGGCUACUGCGAGACGCUAGUCCCGAGGACGAGGAGACCGGACACACGGACGCGCGUCGCCUUACUAUUCAUAUCUGCGGAGGCGACAUAAUGCGCUUGGAUUCAUCUCUGGAGUCGCUCUCCGGGCUGGGCAGCGCGCGCUCCGGCAGCGUCGCCGACCUGGCGGUUGAGCCGCCGCGCCGACACCGGCACUCGUACGCGGCGCCUGCGCACACGCCCGCGCACGACGCCGACCCCUGCACACCGCCCAAAUCCUUCGGACUCGCCCGGCCAACCUUCCUUAACUUGAAUUUGAACCUGAACUCACUGCGACUGCAAACGCCGAACAAGUCGUCCCCGGCGAGCGGCAAGCUGGCGCUGCGCAUGACGACGCUGCACGAGGAGCCCGGACGUCGCAAUGAUGACGACUCACACUCAGAGCCAGAGUCCGCGCCCAAUGACGAACUGUCCACACCACGCUCACACCGUACGCGCGGACGCGGCUCGUCGCGCGGCUUCCUGCCCACCUCGAAGACGCUUGACUCGCUACACGAGCUGGCCUGCGAGCGCGCGCCCAACAAGAACUCUCCCUCUAUAUCUUCCAGCGGAUAUGGUUCUCAAGCGGUAUCAUCAACAAAUCUAACGAACGAUGACACCCUGUCGAUCCGCAGCAUGUCGGUCGACGACACACCAGACUUCGACAAGACGAUGGAUUACUCGCAGUUCACUCGCACCAAAUCCUCUGUGCUCGGCCUAAAGAACGAGAUCUCUGAGCUCAGGAACGAUAUUACCGAACUCAAGAACGAUAUAGUCGAAUCAAAGAACGAACUGAAUGAUUCGACGUUCGAGAAAGCGAAGACGCCCGCUCUGACGCCGGUGCUGACGCCUGGCUCGCGGAAUCGCAUCAAUCCCUUCCUAAGAGAUUGUGAGGUCGCACAGGAGGCGCACAGCGAACAGCUGGUCGAUCCUUUAGGUGCCAUCCCGGUGGAAACUCAUCCCAUAUCAACUAGUCCCACAUCUAAAACUAUUGAAAAUACACAAGUAAAUGGUGACUCUACACUCGACGAUACGCGCACUUCCUUCGGCGAACACGAGGGCGAGGGAGAGGCGGAGUCGACGAGCUCAGAGCCGUCAAGCCGCGGGGAAGGCAGCGGAGAGGGCAGCGCGGAGGCGUCCUCAGUCGGCGACAGUGACUCCGCCGGCCCGGACGCGCCAGUCUCCACGCAGCUACCCGCAGGAAAAGUGGUGCGGCGGCGCGCGGGCGGCAGUGCACGUGCGGCUAUGCGCGCCUCGUACCCCGCAGCGCGGCCGCGCUCCGCCGUCGAGCCCGUGACCAGCGUGCGCACGCUGGACGACACGCCCGCCUCCUCCACUGAGCGCAUCGGCGAUGAAGAGUGUAUGGAGAGCGGCAAGACGUACGCGGCGCCGGAGUGGCUGUCGCUAGGCGAGAGCGUGCAGCUGCGACUGAGCGCGGGCACGGGCGUCGUCGCCUACGUCGGGCCCACGCACUUCGCCCACGGACUCUGGGUCGGCGUUGAGCUUGACGCGCCUAUUGGUAAGAACGACGGGUCUGUGGGCGGCACGCGGUACUUCACAUGCCGGGCGCGGCACGGCAUCUUCGUGCGGCCCGACAAGCUGGUGCAGGACCGGCGCGGCCGCAGCGCGCGCGCCUUCCGUGAUGCUGAGCUGCGCCGCGCCAAUAACAAAGUUGAUGGUGUUCACAACUUGCACCGGUCGCGGAGUCGCGGCGAGAGCAUAAACAUGCUCGGGACUAAAACGCGGAGUAAAUAAACACCAGCAAGUAUCAGCCAGCAGUCAACAACCAACAGCCAACAGUCAGGGACGUCCAUACUGACAUAACACUUCAUAUCCCUCCAAACACCCCCCCACUUUUGUUUGCACAUUUUACGCGUUAUGGUGCUUUAUAUUACCCCCGUUAUAUAUCUCCAUAAGAUUUUAUUUAUAGAUAAACAAUUAGUAUAUAAAAUCUUAUGGCGAUUAUAUUAACUUAAAUGUAACUAUUGAGUGGGCAAAGCAAUAACUGUAUGCCUUAAUUUGUAAUUUAUUUCAAUUAUGUCCAUUAAACGAAUUAGUUUUGUUGAAGGAAACGAUUCCCCUCGUGUUUGUUGAGAGCUCAAUAAGCAUACGACGGUGGGACGUUUCAGCGCAUAUCUCGACACACUACUACAUACUACCCGUGCACCAUAACAUGGUACUUGAUAUUCAACUAAAUACCUAUUUGUUCGGGAGUGCUCUGACGUCAUAGUUGACAAGUAUCAUAUUAUUGUGCACUAGUAGUAUUAUAUUUAGUGUUGCAUUAGUUGUUAUUUUAAUGUAAUUUCAUAAUAAUUUUAUUCAUUGAUCGUUAGAGAAAUAAUUGUGUAUAUAGGAUUGACAUUUUUUUUAAAUAAAUAAAACAUGUGAUUUAAUUUUUAUAUUAUUUUGAUUUCGAUGUAAAUAUGUGAAUCUUUGUGUGUGUAUUAAUAAUUUUUAUAGCCAAUGAUAGGUUUGUGAUCGCUGAUGAAGAUUUACGAUAUUGUAGUGGUUUUUUUUUAUUGUAUAGUUUGUGGUUAGGCUUUAUGAUAAAUUAUUUUUAUCAAUAGUUAUUCGCUUGUAUUUCACUAAUGUAAUGCAACUGUUUUAUUUUUAAAUACGACAAAAAUGGAAACACUGACUACACUAAUCUGUCGAUAUGAUAAAAAAACGGUUUUGUUUACAAGUAUGGUGUUUGCUUGUACAUUAGAUUUGACUAACUUAAAUUCCUCUCCGAUCCAAUCUUGGUCAUUUUCUUUUACGAAUCACAAUGUACUUAUUUUGUCCAAAAUUAAUUUGCUCAGGUUAGACGUUUAAUGUAACUCUGCCUGUCCGAUGUGAUAGUUUCUUGCCACGGGACUAAAAGAUAAUAAUCGACUUAAUAUUUGUAGUAUAUUUUUUAAAAAGCCCGUCCCUAAAACGCUCCUUUCAUAAUAACAAUAAAGAGUCGUCCAAAUUCACAUCUUCGUCCUGAUAAAAGACUUUGGUACUUAGUACAUGUACGCAUCCGACUGUCAUAUGACCCCCCGCACCGGACACGUACCGGACACGAUCCGGACACUCACCGGACACGCACCGGACCCGCAGCCCGGCGCAAGUGACAAGCGCACGCGGUUAAUAUACGGACCAUUUCAAAUAUUACUGCCUAAUUUUACUGCCUGCUCAAUAUUUAUUUUAAAAUACAUUUUCUAUCGUAAAUAAAUAAAAUUCAUAAAUAAUUAUCGCUUGUUACUUGCGCUCCGAAUUUAUAUCGAAUUAGGUUGUGUAGAAGUUUUGAGAUGUAAAAUGAAAUAUAUACCAAAAAAAAUGUUUGUAGUUCGUGUUCCGGCACGGUGUAUACAUACAGCAUAUUGUCCUCGACUUGUCUCCAUCCACAUUCAAACAAUAAGACGGUGAAAGUGUAUACUGCGGUAGACAUCUAGCUUACGGCUAGCGCGUCGCCCGUCGCGGCUGUAGCCUAGCUCACCUAAUGUAUAUUCCAUCCUCUUAGUCAAGUAAUCGUACCUAAGUACAUUAAAUGAGUACACUUGAAUAGAUAAAUACGCCUCUUUAUCUAGUAUUUGUAAGGGUUUCACUCGUGCGUUCAUCUUAGCCCGCCACUUGCCUACAUUGUACACUAUAUUGUAUAUUAACAUAUUUAAUUGUAAGACAUUUCUCGUAAAAUUUGAAGUUAUCACGGAAUAUAUCAGAUUGUACGCACUCGAUUUAACUCGUUCGUUGAUAUAUCGCAAGCUUCACAUUACACGACAUCGCGUGCUUCAAAUUUGGUACUUAAACAUUCCAUAAUCUUUUUUUUUAAUUGUAAUAUCUUGCAUUUGUAACGAACAGACAUUCUAUAGAAAUAAUUUUCGAUCGUAAGUUAGAUUUUUAUAGACGAUAUUUGGAUUGCAUUCGUUUAUUGCAUUUUGAAACUAUACGUAUUGUUGUUAAUAAACCGGCCUCUAGGACUCGAAAAGUAAAGCUCAAAGUGUAGUCCAAAGUAAAGGAAUAUAAAUGAAGUAUUGAAAAUUAUCAAAAAUAAAAGUAGAAUGUGUCUUUGAAACUCUCGAUGUGCUUUUGUCCAGUAGCUAUAGUGAGGACACGACGCCGAAACAAACUCGCAACAUCGUUACCAAAAGAAAUUUACUGAAAAAAAACUUUUAAUUUUGUGAAAAAAGUACUUUUUUUACUAUAUUUUUUCAUUUUCUAAAAUUAUCUCAAAACCUGUUAAAUGUUAAUUCUUUUCAUAAUUUUCAUGUUAUUUUUUUAACUAGAAUUUUUUUAAGGAAAAUUUUUUUCCUUGAUCUCAUAAUCUUGGUAAUGCAGUGUUGAGAGUUUGUUAGGCGGAUGGCUGGUUCGUGGCGGAAUAAGCACUAGGUCUCCUAGGUUUAGGCAAAUAGUGACCUUAAUUCAGCCUCUUGUAGCUCCUAAUUUUUAUUUUUAGAAAUUAAGCUGAACAUGUGCUGUGCUUUUGUUUUAAAAAUGUUUAGUUUUGUAGUUAAAUGAAAUUAUUUGUUUUAUUAUAUAAUUUUAUGAUCCUAUAGUUGUAUUAUUGUAACUUUAUAUUUAUUGCAGUAAAAAUCAACUUAAAUGAGCUUAAAUGUGCGUAUAUUUAAUUUUAACUGAAUUUCGUUUAAUUAUAAUGAAAUUGUUAUAUUAAUUUGCUAGUUUUUUUAACUGUGCGAAUACAAGUUUGAACCACAAAAAUUUAUGUAUUUUUACGUGAUAGCGAACCUAGGUAUAGGCAGCUACUCUGUAGCAAUAGAUUGGUUGGAUCUUCAUUAUUGUAAACAUAAGCAUGAGUAAAGAGAUUUUAAAAUUUAAUUACAAAAAUAGUUCACUUUUAGUGGAAAUAUUUUUGCCAAGUAGCGGAUUUCAGUCAAACAUCGCUGUCA